GCCGAGGGAGGCGCACAUCUUCUGAUUAAGCUGGUAGCUUUAGCCCGUUGAGCUAGCAUGCAGGCGGUGGGCAUCAGGCGGGGGCUGACCAUCGACCCGGCGGGGGAGGAGGAGGCGCCCGCGGAGCGCGUGGGCCGCCUCGUCCGGGAGAGCCCCGUCGUCAUCUUCUCGCGCCGGGGGUGCUACAUGGCGCACGUCAUGAAGCACCUCCUCGCCGCCGUCGGCGCGCACGCCACCGUCAUCGAGCUCGACGCCGGCGCCGCGGAGGAGCUCGCCGCCGCGGCCGAGGCGGGCCACGGCGCCCUCCCGGCGCUCUUCGUCGGCGGCGCGCCCGUGGGCGGGCUCGAGGGGCUCAUGGGGCUCCACCUCAGCGGCCUCCUCGUGCCGCGGCUCAGGGACGUCGGCGCCCUCUGCGCCUAGCUCCCUUCCCUCUCCGGGCGUAUCGCCACACGUCCCUCGCCUCCUUGCAUGUACGUACAUACGACGCACGGGCUCCGCCACCGCAAUUUAGGAAACUUUCAGGGCGCGGGAUGCAAAGAUACACUCGAAUAAGCUCUAGUACUCCACCAGCACCGGGGGUGAGAUGUUUGUAAGGGGAACAGUGACACAGGGGGUUUUGUGAGAAAUGGCUGGACCUAAAUGUGAUUACUUAGGAGUAAUACUCACUUCCUUUUCUUCACAGCAGCUACCACUACCUGGUCUUCUUCCU